UUCUCUCGAGGAGCGUCAGGAAUAUGGCUGACCCAUACCCGGAACUAACGACAGUGCCCUAUUUCCUGUCUCCGGGUCACCGUAAUAUCACUACUUCCGUGGGACAGACAACCUACCUUCACUGUCGUGUGGCACUGCUGGGUGACAUGGCGCAAGUGUCCUGGAUGAGGAAGAGAGACCUACAUGUCCUCAGUUCCGGUCUCGUGGUCUUUGCCUCAGACCAACGCUUCCAGGUGAUCCAUCCAGAGAGGUCAGAGAACUGGACACUACAGAUUAAAUAUGCCCAAAUGAGAGACGCCGGUGUGUAUGAAUGUCAAGUCAACACUGUACCCAAGAUCUCCAUGUCCUAUGUUCUCAACGUCGUAGAGGCUCGGUCGGUCAUCCUGGGACCUGAAUAUGUCAAGGCUGGCAGCACCAUCAAUCUCACCUGUGUCAUCAACCAGUUCAACAUGCCAGGUUUGGUGUUUUGGUACCACAAUCAGAAGAUUAUGGAUUACGAGGGACCUGUUAAGAUCACCACUCGGGAGGACCAGGAGGGGACAGUUUCUCACCUGACCAUCGAAAAGGCUACACCUGACGACUCCGGUAAUUACACCUGCUGACCCACCUCUGCACAUCCCACCUCAGUCAUCGUCAACGUGCUGCAAGGAGAGCAGCCAGCGGCCAUGCAGACUGGUGGAGGUACUACACCCUCCUUCAGUUUGGUGACACUGUUGGUAGUACUGCAGCUUCUGGCUCUCCUAGUACCACAGCGGUUCAGAUGAUGAAACAAUGGAGGGAGGAUGUGCGGUGUUGUGUGUGACGGAGCACCGGUCGCUUGGUCUGAUACUCCUGCCGGGGAUAUAGGUCUAUGGCCUUAACCCACCUGUUGUGUGUGUUAAUGCCUCGCCCAGUGCAGUAGUAGUCUGGUGUUGAGAAGAACUUACUGAAACUUUAUCCACCAACUGUGAUGUGUUGUUUAUAGUGUUGCGACAUUAUCCACUGAUUAUAAUGUUCAUUGUACUGGGAACUUACUUACCAAAAAUAUUCCUGCGUUUGUGUUAGAAACUAAACCAAACGCUGCCAGGAAUGUGUGUGUGUGUGUGUAGGAUAGGGACCAUCAUCAACACCAUCCCAUCAUCCAGUAUAAUAGACUCUUCAGGUUUAGAUAAAGCCUUUAGGACCAGCUGCAAGUGAACCUAUAGCGUCUAGAUUUAAUAUAUGAGGGCUCGUGGUGGCCUCUCGGUAGCUACUGCUUUGAGUGUCUGGAUUGUAUUUCAUGGAUCAACUGUUUACUUUGUUUUUAGUUAACACCUUACCUGAGAGAAGGUAUAAUGUACCUUUUUUUUAUACAUAUGUCACUAAUUCUGAACUCCACUGUCUGACUGUGUAAGGGUGGAAGUAUAAACGUAUGUGUGUGUGUGUGUGUGUGUGUGUGUGUGUGUGUGUGUGUGUGUGUGUGUGUGUGAACCCUCAAAAGAUAAUAAAUAUUGCCACUCAGUAGGAUAUUAAAAAUGCUAUAUACAUAAUUAUUUUUUCGACGAUGGGUAUAUAUGUUAUAGCUUAGAAGUAAACCUCGUACUACAGUAGUUAUAUGGUGUAAAUAUAUAAUAUACUGUAAUAUAAGCUUUUUGACUGUAAGGAAAGCCAAAGAUUUAUUAUAUAAGAUGAAUCAAUCAAAAAAAUGACUAAAAAAAAUAAUGUUUCCUGUUUCCUAUAAAUAACACAAAUACGUAAUUAUUGUGAUGUAUUUUAAAUGAUUUCUCAAUGUUCUCUGUAUUUUGUCUAUUUUCUUGUAUAUUUAAUUACUUCAAUAUUAAUUAAUUAUUGUUUUGAUACUAUUUUCUUUGGUUUAUAAUGUGAGACGAUUUAUUUAACUACGGAUUUGUAUAAUGUGUGAGAUGUAAACAGGUGUAGAGGUAGUACAAACAGGUGUGUGUGUGUGUGUGUGUGUGUGUGUGUGUGUGUGUGUGUGUGUGUGUGUGUGUCAAGGCUUCAGACUAACACAUGUACUGUAUGUGAACUAUAGCAAGUGUAGUCUGGGUCUCUCCCCG